GUUUGUUGGUUGGAGAAGUAUUACAUUUGAGGUGGUUACUUGCAGAAGCUAUUGAAGCUAAGCUAUGGCGGAGCCGGAGGAGGGCCCAGAAGAAGAGGUGGUGGUGCGGCUCGCCUCUACUCCUCAGAUCAUCUUGCCCGAGAACAUGGUCCCUGGCACAUUAACAAAUGCGCGUGCAGCGACUUCAGCCGGAGUCGAACUGGGACGGAAGCUGCUGCUGGCAGCCCGGGCCGGAGACACCAACCUUGUGCUGGACCUCAUGGCGCAGGGAGCACCUUUCACCACUGACUGGCUGGGCACGUCGCCGCUGCACCUGGCGGCGCUGGGCGGGCACGCGUCCACGGCCGCCGUGCUGCUGCGCGCGGGCGUGAGCCGCGACGCCCGCACCAAGGUGGAGCGCACCCCGCUGCACCUGGCCGCCCACGCCGGCCACGAGGCCGUAGCCACGGUGCUGUUGGACCACGGUGCGGCCGUGGACUGCAGGGACAUGCUGCGCAUGACGCCGCUGCACUGGGCGUGCGCGCUCGGGCACUCGGCGCUGGCGGCGCUGCUGCUGCGGCGCGGCGCCGACCCCGGGGCGCGCUGCAAGUUCCGCCGCACCGCGCGCGCGCUCGCCGACCGCCACCCCGCCGUGCGCGCCGCCGUGCGCGCCGCCCUGGCCGACCGGGACCAGGCGGCCUCCGUGCGCGCCAUACAAGAAGAAAUGGCGGUGGACGAGGUGUCGGAGUCGAAACCGUACGAAACCGUCCAGAUGCAGAUACCCGUAGAAGAGAAAUACACACAACCGACCAUCCGGAUACCGCACAAAUUCAACAAACUCAAUAUAGACAAUGAGCAACAGCGGCAGCCGGCCGGGAGCGGCGCGGAGUCGCACGCGACGGGCGCGGCGCUGCUGCGGCACCACGGCAUCACGCUGCUGCCCGCCGACGACGGCAGCACCGUGCUGUCCGCGCUGCAGAGCGGCCGGACCGUCGUGCUCUCAGACGCGGGCAAGCUGAUGCUGAAGGAGAACAGCUCCCCCGCCCCUACUCCCCCCACCCCCGCGCCGCCCGCCACCCUCCCUCCCCCCGCCACCCUCCCUCCCCCCGUCACCCCCCCUCCCCCCCGCGCCGGCGUGGUGGUGCGCGCCUGCCCCGCCCGCUCCCCGCCGCGCCCCGGCGUCAAGGUGUUCACCGUCAACAAGCAGCCCGACAAGGACGUGCAGAUAAAAUACGUCCAACUACCAGCAGACGCAACCAUCCUAUCACCACACAAAGCGGCCAUGAAGGCCAAGAGCAAAGUCGUUCGAGCCGCCGCCGCCACCGGUACCGGUACCGUUACAGGAACCGGAACCGGUACCGGGACUACCGGUAACCGGCCCGGCGUCAAGAUCAUCAUGAACAAAGCUAGCUUCAGCAAGUUGUUGGCUACUGCGACGAGGGCACACGGCUCAGGAGAUAAUGAGCCACUUUCCCUCGGCAAUGCCCGCGGCGAAGCAGUAGUGUGCGUCCCGGAACAGUUCGUGCGCUCCAUGUCGGCGCGCUACCUGCGCGCGCAGCUGCUGGCCGCGCACGCCGCGCUGGCCGAGCUGCAGCGCCAGCUCAAGCAGGCGCGUGCGCAGCUCGCCGCCACGCAGCCCGGCUAGCCCCGCCCAAUCAGAGCGCCGACUCAGUGAUGUGAACUAACUUUAUGUGUGUACAACUGGCUCAGUAUCCCGGGUACUGAGAUGACAGUUAGCCGUGGCCAAUAUCUACAACCCUAUCUGUACAAUCCGACAUAUAUAUUUUAAAAGAUACGUAACCUUCCAUAUUAAGCAGUGAAUUAAAGAGUCUUUAACACUCAUUUUAACACCAGGAAUAUUAAAACACAGUUUGGGAGUGCUCACAUUACCCUUAAAUACCGAAUCAAUGUAUGUCAGAAAAUAGUGUUAUUAAAUUUUGAGACUUUAGUGAUCUGUGAAAUUCGAAAUAACAAAACUCCUCUAAACACAUGAAAGCAGUCAACGAUACAGCAAUAGAAGACUCCGCCUCUACAACAGGAAUGAACCUAAAGUCACUAAAAAUAUAGCCACAAAAAGAGCAAAUAACGAAAUAGGCUGUAAAGACGUAUUGAUGCCUCAUACACAAUAUUAAUCUACUAAAUGAUUGAAUAAUAUACUAAAAACUUUUUCUUCCUUCAUGUGAUUUGACAAUUUGAACGAUAGCAAAAUGUAAAUAAGAUGUAACUAUUGCAAUAGUUAUUUUAUAUAGAAGAAACUACUAUAUUUUUGUAAAUACAAUUUCUAGUAAAAUGGCAAAAAACGGAAUGCUUAUAGAUUCGUCAUGUAUGUCUGUCUGUCUGUCCGUCCGUAUGUCACAGCCACUUUUUUCCGAAACUAUAAGAACUAUACUGUUGAAACUUGGUAAGUAAUACAUCAUAAAUCGUAAACCGCAAUUUUAUUAUGUUACUUGCUGCUAAGGGUUCCUUUAUGGGCGAGUCCGACUCGCACUUGGCUGCUUUUUUUUAUGUGAUAGUCAACAAACGAGCAGACAAGUUUCCGGUUUUAAAUGUUCCAGAAUAUAAAAACGGGACAUUAUAUCUUUAGGUGAUGAUGAUGGCCAUUUCUGGAGGAUUCUUCUGCGAGUCCAUCUUUAAAUAAUAUCAAAAAAAUAGGAAGGGCAGUUUAGAGUUACCGUCUCUUGCAGUUGAGUUGACAAAACAUAAAGAACAGGCAUACAUAAAGGCUGGAUUACUGAAGUGGGGCACAAGCACUUUUGUACUCAAUAUGCUUGUGCCGCACACCAGCCAUAACAUUCGUCAGAUUUGUACUUGUUUUAUUAGAAAACAAGCAUUUGGGUCUGCAUUAUUAAAAAAAAAUAUCUGUUACACAAUUAUGAUUAGUAGCCUACUUAAACCCUAGUUUACCGACGUAAACCCAGGCUAGAUAAAGUAGAUAGAUCACAACUUAUUAUAAGAAGAAAAAACCUAAUGUUAUGUUUUUUAUGUUGUUUGUAAGAAAAUAAAAAUUGUUCUUAAAA